CCAAACCGAAAGUAACGGAAUGGCGGCCUAAAAUCUAUUGUUAAAUAUUCUGUUUUGUUUCAGAAUGGACGAUUACUUCAGUCCUUGGCCCGUUGUGUGCGCCAUUGACUUUGGGACAACCUACAGUGGCUAUGCUUAUUCCAUGCGACCAGACUAUGAGAGGAACCCUUUAAAUAUCGAGUUCAAUCCGCCAUGGUCAAAUGCAGAAAUGAUGACACCAAAAACACCGACCUGUAUCCUGUUCGAUAAGUCGGAAAACUUUCAUUCUUUUGGGUACGAGGCUGAAAAGAAAUAUAGAAAUCUAGCUGAGAAAGCUCAACAGGAAUUAGAGACUGAUGAAGACGACGAUAGCGAUGAUAGCGACGACGAAAAAGAAGAAAAUAAAAUCGAAGAAGACAACGUUACUGAAUGGCUCUAUUUCAGAAGAUUUAAAAUGAAUCUGUAUCAAGACGAUUUGAUGACAAAGCAAAAAUUAAAGAAAUUGAAACUAAGCGCAGAAAACGGGAAAAAACUUCCAGCUUUAAAAGUAUUUUCAGAAGCAAUAAAAUAUCUGAAAAAUCACUUUGAAGCCUUACUACUUAAAACAACAAUAAGAGAUGAUCGUAAAGAAAAUUCAACAAAUUCAGAUACGACACGAGAACAAAGUGAUACCUCUGUGUCAACAAGCACACAGGAAACGAACUCAAAACGUUAUGAUCCCAAUAGUUCGUCCUGGUCAGACGACAUUUUGUGGGUCUUAACAGUUCCUGCAAUUUGGUCUGACCAAGCAAAGCAGUUCAUGCGAGAAGCUGCUAUACAGGCUGGUAUAAGAGACGAUCAUUUAGUACUGGCGCUGGAACCGGAGUCCGCAGCCCUUCUUUGUAAGCAGUUAGCCCUGACCAAAAAAGCAGAUGACAUCAAGGUACAGAUGUUUGAACCUGGUAGCAAGUUCAUGGUCGUCGAUUGCGGUGGAGGAACAGUAGAUGUGACAGCGUACAGAGUGGAAAACAACCAAGCUCUGAGAGAGUUGCAUUGCGCAUCUGGAGACGCAGUUGGGGGAACAAAUGUGGACAAACUAUUUUUCCAACUUCUCAAUGACAUUUUUGGGAAGGACGUUGUGAAAAGAUUUCAGAAAAAAUCACCAUCAGACUGGCAUGAAUUGAUGAGAAGUUUUGAAGUUAAGAAACGUGGUAUUGGGCUUAAAAAUCCUAACGAAAAGGAGAAAGAACUGAUCACUUUUUCGAAUUUAGCUGAGCUAAUUAGCGAAUUUACGGAAGCAAAUGGAAACAGUAAAAAUGCCAUUUCUAAACGGAUACAAGAGAUGGAUUUAAAAAAGAAAAUAAAAUGUAACGGCCCAAAGAUGCGUAUAGACGAAACUUACUUGACUGAAAGAGUUUUCUCUGGCCCAAUUAAAGAUAUUGUGAAACAUUUGAAAAAUUUAUUCGCUAAGAAAGAUGUUAAAGGUAUUGGUAUGAUAUUGCUUGUUGGGGGAUUCUCCGAAUGUCCACUUUUGCAAGAUGAAAUUAGGAGAGAAUUUCCAGACAAGACAAUUGUUAAUCCGCGAGAUGGCAGCAUUGCCGUGAUGAAAGGAGCGGUGUUGUUUGGACACAGUGCUGAGAUUAUAGCUCAAAAAAGGAUAGAACAGGGACAUCGGCUCCACGAAGUAAAAGAAGUCUCUGAAUGCAUAGUUCGUAGGAGUAGGGCGUACUAUGGGGUUGCAACAGAUGUCCCCUUUGUUGAUGGUGAACAUCUCCCAGUUUGUAAAUAUACUAACGAAGAAGGUUUAUCUAUGUGUUCAGAUAUAUUUGAUUGCUUGAUAAAGAAAAACCAAGAGAUGGAAAUAGGAAAAUCUGUUUUUGAAAAGACAUUCAGAGCCUCUAGUACCUCAUGGGCGAACGUAGAAAUUUAUCGAUCAGACAGGGAGGUACAAUACUGUCAUGAAGAUGGCUGUCGAAACGUUGGAAACAUUCGUGCCCAUUAUUCAGAUGACACUGGUGAUAGGAGAUUAUUUAAAAUCCAGCUAUAUUUUGGUUUCACAGAAAAAAUAGCAAUAGCAAUGGACAUGAGGACACAGAAAACCUGGAAGGCCAAACUCGACUGUCUUCUGUAGAAUAUCAUCAAACUUUAUAACAAACGCAACUCACUACUGAUAUAUAAACUAUAUGUAUAGAAUCAUUAUAAACAAUAGAAACACCCUGAAUGAGAGCUCUCAGAUAUGACAUCAACAGGAAUCUUGGGUUAGUGAAAUACCUCUGUUGAGCCGAUUUCUUCAUUGUCUUAAACAAUGCCUUUAUGAUUCAAUGGACAUGAUAAUUGUUUUAUCCGAGGACUUACAGAGCCAGGGUUAAAAAGAAACAUUUCUUACGCAAUAUAUAAGCUGCGAAUAUUUGCCCAAUUUGAUGUCUCUUGCUUAUGCAGUCGUCAGAAAGUCUUGGAAUGACAAUUUUGUUGACGGAAUCCCAAUGAAUUUAGACUAUGAUAUUUGAACAAGUACUAUUUUACCUGGCAUAUAUUUGCCAAAAGACAUCUCUCUAGAGGUUGUAAAGCAUAAGCAUAUGGCGAUGGAAACUUUAAUAUGAGCGUAAUUUUGAAUGGCAGAACCCAGAAUUGUCCCUUAAAGGACUGGCCAUAUUAAAACCAAAGGAAGACAUUUUUGUCUUUUAUUUCACAAUCAGUAUUAAAGACAUCUCUUCUCUUGCGAUAUUGAUUUAAACCAUUAGAGUAAAAUUUAUAUGGCAAAAUAAUUUUUGACGACAUAAAAAAUCAACAUUCUGGCUUUUUUUGUCUUUUGUAAUGAAAGCAAUGGGUGUCUGUUUUUAACCCCUAAAAGAUUUAGCCUGGGACAUUUCUAGCUGAACAAGGAAUUCGGUAAUUCAUUUCUUUACGAAUAGCACUGACUUUCCAAAAUAGUUGCCUUCCAUAUACUCGCAUUAUCUGUCUGACCAUCUCGUCAGACUGACAUCAAGCAAUUAAAAUUAUACUAAUCUUUCCAAAAACACUUCAUUAUUGACGGUGAUUUUAAAGUUAAAGUUUCUGAUAAACUUUUUAACAAAUUGAUUGAAUUGAACACUUUUGAAAGAAAUUUUACAUGAGGACCACA